CUCUCUUUCUCUCUCUCCUGGCCGUGUGUGCAUGCCGCUUAGCUAUUAGUAAUCCAGAUCCUGCGCUGCUUCCGGUGAUGACGAUGAUGGCUGUGGCUGUGCUUGCGUGGUUUACAAAGCAGUGAAGUACUCAUAAGACUUUAUAUUGUAGAUCUGCGUCCAGGCCAGGAAAAGCAAGUUAUUUGGGUUCUCGGUUCCGUGUCUUCUACACCGGCGGCAGGAGGUGUACAUGUAGUCCAGGAAUGAGGAUCAGGAAGCGUCCCUCCUCGGGACCGCAAAAGCAGCGUUUGAUUCAGCAGCUGCCGGCGACUUACAAGUACGUUUUUUCAACGGGUUGGUUGUUGAAGAGAGCAUAUGAAGAGCAUGACAAGCAGCAAAGUACGGGGGUGUUAGAUUCAAGGUGUAGCAGGCUUCCUGAAGAACGGGGAUUGUCGCUUCAUGGUGGAUUGUGGCAGUCCAAAGCAGGGUACAGGGAGGAUGGAGUAGCAAACACGUCGUUACAAUGUUGCAGGUGUGAACAGCAAGAAAAGAGCUCGGGUGUAGGCAGGGAAUGCAAGCAGCCUCCGCAGCAGCAGCACCCAAUUGGUGAGGAGGCAAUUGGGGAGGAGCCGCGAACGCCACCUCCUUUCUGCGGCGAGAAGCCAGCCUUGGCACGGCAAAGGUCCGAGCAUGAACUUCAUCCGGGGCCGGUCGUGGACGAGAAGUUUUGCUCCUGUGGAAAAGACCAGCAGAAGCAGAAGCGGAAGCAGCAGACGAAGAAACCAAUUCAGGACUUGGUCAAAGGGGAAUCUUCGGGCUCAGGACGGAAGAGAACGAGAACCCGCGUGGUGGAGCAGCACCAGCAGCAGGAGGCGGCGAGUGAAGAUGACCAUGGCCUUCUGCGUGCUUCUUCGAGACUACGGGAUACAGCUGAAUCAAGCGGGCGCUCUUCACAUGAUAAUUGUGGUCCUCAGCAAAGGCUCAAAGCUGGUGGUGGAGCCUCGCUUGGUGGGGAGUCGUACUUGCGAGAGCUGGGCAAGAUGGACCCGCUUCGCCGAGCACUGCACACGGUGGUGUCGGAGGCUGGCAUCGCGGGGCUCACAGCUCGAGAAGCGGCGGACAGGAUCUCGAGGCGGGGGUUGCUAUCCGAGGCAGACAUUCCCAGGUCGGUCAAGAUGGCCAAGGUGAUGAGAGACAGCCCAUACUUGCUGGAGCUGACACGGGGUAGCAAGUUCGUGCUGUGGAGCACAUUCCUCGAGGAGUCCUCCACAAAGGCUGGCUUUUUCCACAGUGGUGGUGCUGGUGCUGGUGGUGAUAACCGAGCUCCGCCGGCCACCGUCACCGCCAAGGCGAGAAGAAGAACACAGGCUCUCUACGCAGCUCCUCCAGCGGCAGCAGCAGCAGUGCUAGUCGCAAGCUCCGGGGAAGAACAACAAGUGGGAAACCAGGAUGAUCGGUACCGAGCAGUAAAUGGUGUGAGCUUUUAUAAAGCUCAAGUUCACAGGGAAGAUCACGCUCGUACGAGCGUAGUACGGCAGGAGGUUGGUGGUGGUGAUCUGAGGGAAGCGAUUGGAAUUCGGCAAGAUCACAGAGAAGUUCUUGGGAAGGAAGUGGUGAAGCGGCAGUUCUUCGACUUGAACCUAGCUCCGCAAGAACAGGAGGAAGAAAUGUGAGCUCCGGGAAGAAACUUUGAUAGAAGGAAGGCCAGGGAGCAAAGAAUUGCUUGGGGAUUCCAAUCGAUGGAUUGGGCGAAAGAAAAAAGGUGUGAUCGAUCGAUCGAUCGAUUCGAUCGAUCCAUUAUUUUUUCAUUCCUCUUUCUUUUAACUUUAUAUAGACUGUCGGUUCGUCCGACGUGGCAAGC